AAUGAAUAUAAGAGAGCAGUUGAAGAUAAGAAUUUUGGUCCAUUAGUAGCAACAAGUAUGAAUAGAUGUAUUCAUUGCACACGAUGUAUCAGAUUUUCAGAUGAAUAUGCUGGUGUAACUGAAUUAGGAACUAGUGGAAGAGGAAGGAAUACUGAAAUCGGUACAUACAUUGACAAAAUGAUCACUAGUGAAUUACAAGGAAAUCUUGCUGAUAUCUGUCCAGUUGGUGCAUUAACCAAUGGGCCUUAUGCAUUUACAUCAAGACCAUGGGAAUUAAAGUCAUACGAUUCUGUAGAUGUUUUUGAUACUAUCAUACCUUUUAUUUAAAUUGAUACAAGAGGAGCAGAAAUAAUGAGAAUCUUGCCAAGAAUUCAUGAAGAAGUAAAUGAAGAAUGGUUAAAUGAUAAAUCAAGAUAAGCUUUUGAUGGAUUAAAAAAAUAAAGAUUAACAUUACCUUUAGCUAGAGAUGCAUAAGGCAAUUUUACUGAUUUAUAUUGGCCAGAUGCAAUAUAAUAAGCAGCUAAAAAGUUAUAAUCUGUAAAAGGAGAAGAGAUUGUAGGAGUAAUUGGAGAAUUUGCUGAUUGUGAAUCUAUUGUAGCUUUAAAAGAUUUAUUGAAUAGAUUUGAUAGUGAUAAUUUUGAAAUUAGAGGAACUGGUGUACCUUAAUUAGAUGCUGAUUUUAGAGCUAAUUAUUUAUUAAAUUCAAGAAUUACCGGAGUUGAAGAAGCUGAUGUACUUUUAUUAGUAGGUACUAAUCCAAAAGUUGAAUCUCCAUUAUUAAAUUCUAGAAUUUUAAGAGCUACUAGAAAAAAUAACUUAAAAGUAUUUCUUAUUGGACCAGCUAAUGAUUUAACAUAUAACUAUGUUCAUUUAGGAAAUAAUGCUUCAAUCCUUGAUGAAAUAGCUAAUGGUACUCAUCCAUUUGCUGCCAGACUCAAAAAUGCUAAAUUGCCAAUGAUCUUAACAGGAGCUGGUGUUUUAGAAAGAGUAGAUGGAAAUGCUAUUCAUAAUACUUUAAAAAAGAUUGCUUAAAAUUCACCUGUAUUAAAUCCAUAAUAAGGUUGGAAUGGAUUUAACUUUUUACAUAAAGAAGUUGGAAGAAUUAAUGCUCUUGAAUUAGGUAUUACAGCUAGAAAGAGCAGCACUCCAGCUAAAGUUGUAAUUUUAUUAGGAGUUGAUAAUAAUUUAAAUGCCUAAGAUAUACCUAAAGAUGCAUAUGUAAUAUAUAUUGGUAGUCAUGGAGAUGAAGGUGCAUAUUAUGCAGAUCUUAUAUUACCAGGAGCUACCUAUACUGAAAAGAAUGGAACUUAUGUAAUGUUAUUUCUAUAUUCCAAAAGGUUUCAACGGAAGGCAGAGUUUAAACAACAAAAUUAGUUGCUUUACCUCCAUCAGGUGCAAAAUCAGAUUGGGAAAUUUUGAGAGCAUUAUCUGAAGAAUGUGGAUGUGCUCUACCUUAUGAUACUUUAGAAGAAGUAUGUAAAUUUUGUAUUAUAAUAGGUUAGAUAUAGAAUGGCUGAAUUAGCUCCUCAUCUAUUAAAAUAUGACUAUAUUGAAUCAACUGUUCUUGGAUAAGUUGCACUUAAACCUGAAUCAUCUAAAUAAACUAUUUCAUCAACUCCAUUCAGAGAUCUUAUUGAUGUAAAUUUGACUUUAUAUUCAUAGAAUUUCUAUAUGACCGAUGCUAUCUCUAGAUAAUCAGUUACUAUGGCUAAAUGCUCUACAGCUUUUAAUCCUCAUAAAUUUAGCACAUUUAAAUAAUUAUGAAAAUAUUAAUUAUCCAUAAAAUUUAUAGCAAU